AAAGUCUUAACCUACUGAUCUCUCUCCUAUCUUUUAAGCCUUGGAUUUAUUUUUAUUUUAUUUUUUGUGAGACCCAUGAGAAAUUCCCAUCUCUUUUUCGUUUUCAUCAUAGCACUCGUUGUUGCUUGUGCACUCCAAUUUCAAGCUCAUGCUGCUCCUGCAGGGCCAUUGAUCAAACACUUGUCAUCUAUUCUCAAAUGGACCAGGGCAUCCUCCAAAAUAGCCCAAUCAGAUGGGAAUGCUCUUCAAUUUGAGAAUGGGUACUUGGUCGAGACUGUCGUGGAAGGAAAUGAGAUUGGAGUGGUUCCUUACAGAAUUCGUGUCUCUGAGGAUGGCGAACUUUUUGCUGUUGAUGAAGUUAAUAGCAACAUUGUUAGGAUCACUCCGCCAUUGUCUCAAUAUAGUAGGGGAAGGUUGGUUGCUGGGUCUUUUCAGGGUCAUACAGGGCAUGUGGAUGGAAAACCCAGUGAUGCUCGUUUUAAUCAUCCCAAAGGCAUAACCAUGGAUGAUAAAGGCAACGUGUAUGUUGCCGAUACCUUGAACCUCGCCAUCAGGAAGAUUGGGGAUGCUGGUGUGACAACCAUUGCUGGAGGGAAAUCAAAUGUUGCAGGGUAUAGAGAUGGCCCAAGCGAGGAUGCCAAAUUCUCAAAUGAUUUUGAUGUGGUAUAUGUUCAGCCUACCUGCUCCUUGUUAGUCAUUGAUAGAGGAAAUGCUGCUCUUCGGCAGAUCUCUCUCAAUCAGGAAGAUUGCGAUUAUCAGUACAGUUCAAUUUCUGCUACAGAUGUGCUUAUGGUUGUUGGAGCUGUCUUGGUAGGAUAUGCUACAUGUAUGCUUCAGCAAGGUUUUGGAUCUUCUUUCUUGUCAAGGAUGCAACCUUCAGACAGUGAAUUUAAGGAUCAUUCAAACAAAGGAAAACCCACUCCCAUUGUGGAGAGCAUAAAAGAAGAACCUGGAUGGCCAUCUUUUGGACGGCUCAUCCUUGAUCUGUCCAAGCUUGCAGUCGAAGCAUUGGCCGGUAUACCCCUUUACUUUAUACCCUCUCGUUUCAGACCAGAUGGCCCUAGAAAUGGCCCUACUCCCUUGAAAGACUCUCUCCGGAUGCCUGAAGAUGAAGUUGAACCCACAUUGGUUCAGAGGCAGACUACUGCUACUCCUCUUUCUGAAAAUCGGCAGGCCCAUACUCCUAAUAGAAGUGACAAGUACUCCGAAAUGAAGCCCCCAAAGAUCAAAUCAAACAGUUUUAAGGAUCCCUCAUUGUCAAGUAAGCACCGGUCUUCAAAACGACAAGAGUAUGCAGAAUUCUAUGGACCGGGUGAGGUUCCUCCUUAUAGCAAGUCUAAGAGCCAGAAAGAAAGAACAAGGCAUCGACAACGAGAUAAAAGUGGAGAAAUGGUUUAUGAAGCAGUGGGGUCAGAGCCAAGGCCCUCCGAGAUGAAGGCAGUGCAUUAUGAUAAUCAGAAGUUUGACCAUUAUAAUAUCAGGAGCAAGUAUGGUUCAGAUGAAUCCUUCCGAUAUUAAUCAAACCUGUACUUUGCCGUCCGUUCAAAGUUAGCUUAGUUUCCUGCCCCUUCUAUAUGGAGCAACAUGUUUCUUUCUGAUCGAAUCUGUAAUUCAAUCGAUACUGUAACCGAGGAUAUGUGUUUUAGAGAUCAAUUGCAAAUGAGGUUGAGUUCAGAGAAAAUAUUUGGCAGGGUGCUACCACACAUGUUUGGACCAGGAUUACAUGACUAUUCUGUAUCGGAAUCAAAUAGGUAAUUGCCUCUCUGAUAGAAGCCUAGAAGAAGUAGAGAGCCUGGAAAGGUUAACAUGUGUGUGCUCUCUAUUUUUAUUCCCCACUGCAAAAGAUUGUGUUGUGAAAAAACUAAGUAUUAGUACCGGAACCAGUUCAGUUGAUGUUCUUCAAAAUAUGCUAGUAUCUUGAGCAAUAAACUUGUUUUGAUGGUGGAUUACCAGUAA